UAUUUUCCGUGCUUCAUGCAGGGUCGUGGCAUUAAGCUCCUGCAGCCGGUGAAGCCUCGUCAGCGUGCUUCAGACAGUGAGGACGAGGACGAAGGCUCCUCUGCAGCGAUAGCACAGCUCAGUGUGGACGGCCUCAGCUCUCAGGAGGUGAUGGGGGCUCAGGUGUUCCUGGAUGAGAAGGGCUCCCUGCACUGGCCCGUUCUCUUCCUCUAUCCAGAACACCAGCAGAGUGACUUCAUCUCUGCCUUCUGUGAGAACAGCUGUUUUAUGGAUCACAUCGCGGUCAUGUUUGGAGAGGAACUUCCACCUUGGGAUGCGGACAGAAAAUACCACCCGCAAAACCUUCAGCUGUACUUUGAAGAUGAAAGACGGAGACUCUCUACCAAGUCAACCCACAGACGUCGCUUUUGAAAGUGCUGCAGCAUAAAAGGUUUUUUGUCAAAGGAGGAACUCCGAGCUUCAUCGUUGUGGUGAACGGCUCACCUUUCACCAAACAGUUUUUAACAGGAAAGAAAACACAAGAACUGUAAAGACACAGGUC